GAAAAUCAGGAACCAUGUCCAACUUUCGGAAUGCUGUUCCCCUUCUCCUGGUGGCCUUGUUAGGCAUUGGCAACGGCAUAUAUGUCUUUGAUCCUGCUUUCAAAGAACAAGCGCAGGAGAAAUACAAGGACCAGCAUCAACCGGUCUCAUCUAAACCGGACAACGAGACUACAGAGGCGCCCGCCGAGACCAUCGCCAAAGACUCGAAGCCAUCUCCUCUGGAGGUCGCGAACAAGAGCGACUCUACGAGCACCCCGUCAGCAGAGGGAGCGUCAUCUUGGGGGUCGCUGUUGCAGACCUUGAGUUGGUCACGGGCUAAAAAGCCUGAGCUGGAGGCUUCACCAAUUAGUGAUCAGCAGCAGACUUCGGACAAUCAGUCGAAAUAGUGUACAAGAUUAUAUUUAUAUCCAAGCAACCUUUUUUUAGUGGCAGUGGUCUGACAUUGCGCUUGUUUUUUAAAUUGACCGAACUUGCGCGG